AUGAAUUCUUGGAAACUCCCGGGUGUUAGAAAGCACAAAGAGCAACAACAGCAACAGCAACAGUCUGUUUCUUCAACUUUAUCUCCACAUCAUCCUAGUCACCUUCAUCCUAGUCAUCACAGUUCACGAAUUCCUUCACCAUCUUCAGCUUCCGGUCAUUCCACCAGUUCUUCUACUACAACAGCAGUCGAACCCAAGUCAGGUGUUUUACUCAUCCGUAUAUGUGAAGCAAGAAACAUUACCUCACCACCCAAUAUCACUUUACCCGACUCAACCUAUGUCCCCAUUAACCAACAAACGAACAAUAAUCGUUCGAGCAGUAAUCGAGACUCUUUGAUUCGCAAGCAGCAACACUGGUGGUUGCCUUAUGUCGUUUUGGAAUUUGACAAAAAUGAAGUUUUGAUUGAUGCUUUAGGGGGGGAUGCUAAAAAUCCCGUCUAUCAAUAUAGAGCCAACUUUGAUGUAUCUUGUAGUUCAGAAGUGUCAAUAUCUAUGUACAUGCGUCAUCCACCCACGGAGCAACAACAGUCAAGACAUUUGCAACAGUUACUGCAUUUGAGUCUUAAUAAGAGUAAUAACAGUAGUGCAACCAACGACUUCUUCUUGGGUGGAGUGAAAGUUCAACCCAAUUUCUCGUCGACCAAGAUUGAAGAUCAAAUAUUGAAUAUUACAGGAGGCACUGGAUCCAUUCAUAUUCAAUUAUGUUACAGACCACAGCAGACAAGUUCACCUAUUACCUUUGAUUCAUUUGACUUACUACGUGUGAUUGGUCGUGGAAGUUUUGGUAAAGUCUAUGUGGUCCGUAAAAAGGAUACCAACCGUAUCUAUGCUAUGAAAGUUCUACGUAAAUCACGUAUCAUUUCUAGAUCAGAAGUAACCCACACGAUGGCUGAAAAGACCGUACUUGCAAAGAUUCGAAAUCCUUUCAUCGUACCAUUAAAGUUUGCCUUCCAAAGCCCUGAUAAGCUUUAUUUGGUGUUGGCAUUUAUUAACGGAGGUGAACUGUUCCAUCAUUUACAAUUGGAAGGCAAAUUCGAUGAAGAAAGAUCCAGGUUUUAUACUGCAGAAUUGUUAAGUGCUUUAGAAUGUUUGCACGAUUUCAAUGUUGUCUAUCGUGAUCUUAAACCCGAAAAUAUUUUGAUUGAUUACAAUGGACAUAUUGCUUUAUGUGAUUUUGGACUAUGUAAGCUAGACAUGAAAGAUGACGAUCGAACCAAUACUUUCUGUGGUACACCUGAGUAUUUGGCGCCAGAAUUAUUACUAGGUCAAGGUUAUACAAAAACGGUCGACUGGUGGACUCUAGGUGUCUUAUUGUACGAAAUGAUGACAGGUCUGCCUCCGUUUUACGAUGAAAAUACAAAUGAGAUGUACAGAAAGAUUUUACAAGAUGAAUUAAGAUUUCCUGAUGAUAUGAGUCAAGAAGCGAGAUCGCUUUUAAGAGGGCUUCUUACUCGUGACCCCAAUGAACGAUUAGGUAAUAAUGGAUCGGAAGAAAUCAAAAAUCAUCCUUUCUUUGCCAGCAUCGACUGGAAAUUGUUAAACCAAAAGAAAAUUCAACCGCCCUACAAACCUUCUGUGGAUUCAGCCUACGAUACCACUAACUUUGAUGACGAAUUUACUUCAGAAAUACCUCAAGAAUCUGUUAUGGACGACUCACAAAUAUCUAGUACGAUGCAGGAACAAUUUGCAGGUUUUACUUAUAAUCCAGCCAAUGACGGUGUUAUGGGUGAAAGCUAUACAAUAGGUUCAGUGAUAGGUGGAAGCGCAGGAACUCCACAGUAUAAAUAA